AAACCAAUUCCCUCUAUCCAUUAUUGCCGCUCCACCUCUCUCAUCCCUUUGCUUUCGAUCUGUCGCCCGUCGCCCCUUUCCUCUACAGGCCGGCACUCCAUUACCGGCGACUUCUCUACCUGGCUUCUACUGGAAUCAAUGGCUUCCUCAAGCUUCAGCCCAGGUGAUCGAAUUUCACAGUCUGUGAGCUCAUUGCCUCACCGUUGAAGUUCACCAUGUCCGAUUCCCAAGAGUAGCCGCAUGUUCGUCUCUGGAUUGGGGCAUGUCUAAAUCCCUAAUAUUGUAUCUUUUCUUAAGCCAAAGAUAUUAAGAAAAGAAAUUAGGACAUGAAUGGAUUUGGAUGAGGCGUGGAACAAUAGAACCAUGCUUGGAUCUUUAUCUAAGUACAUCAGACAGUGUGUAUUGGAUCCCAUUUAUUUUAGGUUAAAAAAUGGAUGGUUUUGGGGGCCUCAAAGCAGCAGCUUUUGGCUCAUUUGUAUGUCUUCUACCUUUUGGAUUUUUACAUUGUGCUCAACUCUUUGAAGGUAUAAAUUCAGAUUUGAUAUCGUCGUAUAAUCCUGAUCAAUUUUUUAAUCGCGUCAUACACGUACACUUUUAUGAGAAAGUUACAUGCUUUUGAUUACCAGAUUGAAGAGUUCAUUUCACUACAAAAAAUAUGACAUUUUGUGGUAAAGUUUUUGUAGCAAAAUUAAUAUUUGCCACAAUAUAUAAAUAACUCACAAAUAUUUGUAGCAAUUAGAAAUUUGCCACAAGAUAUUAGACUUAUUGUGGCAAUUGUAUAAAAUUGUUACAAUAUUUAAAUAAAUUUACCUAAAGCUAAGCCCAAAGGUCCAUCUACCCCAAAUAGGGAGUACUGUACGAAAUAGAUGGAGUCCACUAUAUUGAGGACAUCAGAUUCUUCGAUCAUGACUGUUAUGCAGGGGUUGACGAUCGGCGACGGCGAGACGAUGCCAGGACUAGGGGUUUCAAACCCUAGCACCCGGCCUAGUUCUGCGAUGGUUCGAAGUAAAGUCGAGCGUGUAAUUGGCGAGCAGCAGUGGUUGGCAUCGAUUGAUGCAGCGAAUUAGGCUAUGGAAAAGGACAGAGAACGACGACUUCCUACGGCGAUUGAACGAAAUUUCAGCACCAAAUCCAACAAAUUCCAACAGCCACUAAUUAUUUGUUGGUAUAAAAUCCAAAUCCGAUUUUUUACUUCAAUUCCUUCCUAGUUUAUCUCCUAUAUUAUGUCAUGUGUUACAGUGUGGAUAGAUUUUGAUUGGGAUUUGAUUGUGUUAGAUGUUGGAUUGAUUUCUAAUUUUCUCAAAUAUGAUAUGAAUUCGGCUCUUAAUUAUGAUUAAAAAUUGGUUUGGUUCUAGUUUCAGUCCAUAUGCGGCAUGUAUAAUUUCUGUUUGUUGUGUUGUAAAGUCCAUAUAUUUACAUUUCCCAUUUUGGUUUCUUCUUACUACAAAGGACUUGAGAAUUGGGAAUUGGUGCGUGUAUGUGAGACAUUUAGUGGUGUCAUCCUUGGUGUUAGCAUAGCAUAACCAAAAAAAGAAUUGGGUGGAGUGUUACAUCAAUUUUGGGACAAGCAAAAAAGAAAAGUCAAAAGUGUGAAGUUAUUUCGGGACGAAGGAAGAAUCGUUCAAGGACCUGUUAGAGUUGAUCAAAUGAGUUAAAUUAAAUCAUUGCAGAAACUGAGUGAAACGUUUACUGUAAUGGAAUUCAAUUUCCAAGAACCAAUGUGAUCGUGCUUAGGAGAAGCUGAGGUGAUUUGUUUAUCAUAUUCUUGCAUCCUUCUUUCAAAAAUCAUAGUUCUAGUUUCUCACUAAAAGUCAACAGCCCAGAAUCUAAUAUAGUUAAAAAAAAAGUUACAAGUUUUUAGUUUGAAUUUACAGAGCCAGGAUUGUGUCAUGGAAUGGUGUUUUGGAUUGAUUGGGUAAUGGAUGCAGGAGAUUCCAUCGUCGUAUCAACUGGGCCAGAUAAGCUGCCUUACUCAAUCAGGAUCUUUCUAGAAUCAACCAUUCGCAAUUGUGACAACUUUCAAGUGACCAAGGAAGAUGUUAAGAAAAUUAUUGACUUGAAAAGGGGCAUGGGACGAGUGCUGUCAUUUCAUUCUUAUGUGAAGAAAGAUAUUACAAAGGUUCUUGAACAAGAGAGGAUUGAUACUGAAGUGAAUAAAAGAGUGUCUGAAAUUAACGAAACUUAUGAAGCUCGUAUCCGUGCUCUAGAGGAAAGAUUGGCUUCUUUACCACGUUCAGAGAGGGCAUCAGGUAAUUCAUCUCAAAAAGUUCAUUUCACUUCCAAGGAGCAUAGCCCCCUCGAAUGAUACAAGAUCAAGGGUCAAUAUGAGAGAUGUCAUUCUGUUUCUACGACUUUGGGUGGAAUUACAUUCGAGAUAGAUGUGACAAAAUGAAAUGAAAAGAUGAAGCUUAGAUGUUAAUCGUUUAGGAUACUUUAACAAUUUUGUCAUGUUUAAUUAGUACUAUAUUUAUUUUAUGUCAAAACCCUAUUAUAUUAACAAUUGUGAACCUUUGAUUGUUUGGGAUUGAAUUAUGAGUAGCAUAUAUGUUUUAUUUUUAUUAUUUUUUGACAUCACUUUGCAUACAUUAUUAAAUGUAAAAUGUAUGU